AAAACUGACGUCAAAUGGACUUGUAGCAGUUCUUUCUCGCAGAAUGGAAGUAGCCGUGGAAGUGAAACGGAUUAAACUCGCUUAAUCUUGGCAGGAUAUUGAACUUUCCUUCGCUUUUUUCAAGCCCCCUUUUGUGUGCUGGUGAGAUAGUUAUUAAAACGAAGCCUGGCUUUGCGGCUGCUCCUCUGCUAGUGCCCCCGUAUGGAGGAUGAGGAGGAUGAUGUGUUUGAGCCAGAUCCCAACUGCUGGCGCACACCCUUCAGGGAGAUAAAGUGCGAAGACCGGGGCACGCAGACGCCCGGUCCUGGCCAGGCACUACACAACGGCAUGCUGCCCUGUGGUGUUGUGGAGGAGCCCAGACGACUAUUCUACGGUAACGCAGGUUUUCGAUUGCACUUCCCAGCGCAUUUUGAACUUGUCGGGGAUUUUGACGCGAGGCAACAAGAGGAGCAGAACAGGAUGGAGCAGUUACCCCUGCACCAGCCGGCUGCACUCAGCUUGGAGGCCUCCAUCGGGCAGAAACUUCAGCUGAUAGGCGACCAGUUUCACCGGGAACACUUACAACAGUAUCAACAAAACCAAAGGAAUCAGGGGCCGCUGUGGUGGCGCAUGACUGCAGCUCUUCUCAGCCUCCUGUUUGAUAGGGGGUUUAUUGCUGGAGGAGGUGGAGCAGGACGGAGGUGAGGGGGAACUUCCUCUUAUAUCCUUUGUCUUCAUCUCUGUUUUGACGAACUGGACUCCUGAAGGCACUGUCCAAUCUAACACGGGUCUGUUUGAGGGAGGAAAGAAAGGAGGGAAAAUAGUCACCGCGGGACGGCGACAACCAAAUUUUAUACAAGGGCGUGUGUUUUUUUUUUCUUUUAAAGAAGAUGCCAUGAUGCUCCGGAAUUCAUCUAAAGGACAAUGUUUAUAUUUAGGCCUACAUGUCAUGUAGUCGUCUUGUACAGUACAUUGUUCGUUUUUUUUUUUUUGUGCACUUCAAUAUGUGUCCUUCUUAAAAGACCUGACCUCCACAGACCUUAGGAAUGCCUUAGUCAGUGUCUUCUGCCAGAAGGAGAAUUGAGUGUUUUUUUUUUUUUUUGACAAGCAAGAUGAGAUGGUUAAGGAAAUGAAAGGAAAUGUGGUGUGACGGUUUCUUUUCUGAUGUCCCCCAGGAGACCAGUCAAGUUAAUUUACUCACUUCCAAAGAGACCACUUCCCAGAACAAAGCAUUUUGCACCUCACCUCAAUGGAACAUUUAUCUAUUUAUCUUUUCUAUGUAUUUUUCUCUUAUUUUCUUUGGUGUCAAUUUUAACCCGUCAUAUCUUUUAGGAUUUCAGGAAUAAGGUAAACGUUCUGUACAUAAAUAAGUUGGCACACUGUGAAUUGUUAUCAAAGUUUAGUUGUGCGCUACAUGUCAAACAUUUGGGACUUUUUCAACUAUAUAAGAGGUGAAGUUCGCUGUUCUGAACAACACUACCUGAUUAAAUGGGCCUGGUUGGUGCCAGCAGACCUGAUAAACUUCAAAAAAGACUUUAGAUAAAUAUCAGACCUUGUGCAGAUGACUCCACUAUUAUGACUAAAGAACUGACAAGAUAAUUUAGCUUUAAAUACAGUUCUGUAGUGGAUAGUUAACAUGGAAAUCAUUUACGUAUUUUAGGAUCUUGUUUUGCUGUCGCCCUGGUCAAGUCCCUCCUUCGUUAUGCUUGUCCCAAUUUCCGUGAUGAACGUUAUUCUGAAAAACUUCUCAGGAUCGUGAAAGGUUACUUAUUAAAAAAAAUAAUAUUUCCCAUUGACUGGACAUUUAGUUACACAAUUGAAAACUUGUUUGGUUACAACUGACAUAAUGGGUACUGAUGAUGCCCACCAGGCCUUGCCCACUCUAGACGAAGAGCAGGAUCGCCCAAAUAGAAAAACCUGCAAUUUGACAUGAAAGUUAAUGAAUAGACGGUCGUCUGUCUGAUUAAUAGAAAUGUUAUAUCUUGUAGCUGUACUAACAGCUAAGGGAUGUCUGAGAUGUAGCACACUGAGUAGAUAUUUACAUUAAAAUCAUAGGGUGUUGGCAUGUAUAUAAAAAAACUAUUAAGGUCUUGCACCAUGCACUAAAUUAGAGCAAAUGAAUCAAGCACACUGUCACACUGUUUAAAAGUUUACUUUUUUAAGUUUCAUUUCACCAAAUAUACAGUUUUUUUUAGCAUAGCCUUAUUCCUAGGAUUUUCUCUUCAUUUUAUGUGUUCUUUUUAUGUGAUUGUUUUCAGACCUCCAUGCCCUUUAAGUGGAGCUGUGGAUCCACUGUUUUUGCACUAGACUUCCACCCGUUUAAGAGUUCAGAUUGUUUCCGAGCUAACCUCUUUCUCGUAUGAAGGUUUUUCAGUCCCAGCUUGUUUCCACCACAUUUCAGAUGUAUUCACUUAUAUGGCCAAGACAAAUAAUCAGUAUUGAGUACCGACUGACUGAGCACAAUGUGCAUUUAGCAUCAGUUCUGGAAAUUUCACUCACCAGUGUUUCAGGAUUUCAGUUGAGUGAGAGCAACUUUUUUGCAGAAGACCAACUUUGAACACCAAGUUAAUAUGGCAUAAACAGUCUGUGAAACAGAAUCCCCUCCUCUCAGGAUACCCUUGUGUGGUUUCACAUCAUUUGAUAUUCUGUUGGGUGAUCUUACAUUGUCUGUGGUACUCAGAUUUAGAUUUGGAACGUGGGUACACACAUAACCACCACUGGCUCACCAGACAAACAAAUAAACAAAAGUGAAAAAGACUGUAAUUACUGUUGAAAUAUGAAUACAUAUAAAUACACUGUUAAAGA